AUGUUUUUGAUUAUUUUUCUUGUUUUUGCGAAAUACAUUCCAUUAUACCGAUUAUACCACGUGAAGCACUGUGACAAUUCAACAUCAAACGGAAAUACCGAAAACAAAACUGAUUCAUCUCCGCCUAUAAAAUCGCCGAUUUCGUUUCUUAUUGUAAAUUUUGUCUACGUUUACGCCAUUAUGAUAAUCAUUAUUUGUUUUUACGGCUUAUAUGGAUGGGCCGCGAUGAACGUGAUAGUUGCUAUUGAAAAAUAUUCAAAACAAACCUGUAAUAUCGAAAAUGCUGAUAACAGCAGCAGCGACAUCGUUUUGAUUUCACAAAAUGCAGAGGACGAUAAAUUGAUUCCCGAGACAAUUCCAUUGCAAAUUUUAUCAGAGACAAUGGAAUCUAUUAAUACUAAUAAUGACCAUUGUACGUGGGUAGGCGAUUGGAACAAAUAUUGA